CUAGUACUUAGAUAAGUACCUAGGUACCGUUAUGCUUCCAUCCUUCACAGGUUCACCCGCAACGGCGGAAUCCUAUGAAGAAACAGGUAGUAAUGGGCCAAUCAGAUGAAAUACCUAUAGGUCAUACCAUCUUACCUCACGCCCUUGACGGCGGAAUUAAUCAAAUCAAUCAACUUACAAUAGACUUUCCAUAACUCUCCGUCACCUGCGAAAAUCGUCAAUGACGAGCAAUGGUUGACACUCCAGGCGAAGAGCCGUCUGCGGCAAUAACCCCAAACACAGGUAAUCACGAAACAUUAACCAGACGGAGGAAAAUACGCAAAGGGACGCGAUCUUGUUGGGAAUGUAAGCGGCGGAAAAUAAGGAUAUGCCCGAAGAUCUGUCUCCUGGAAAAACAGGCAAUCGACAUCUCUCCGACCGCAUCUCAAGAGUUGAAGACAUAGUCAAAGACUUUCUUGCUGAUAAAGACGGUGGCGGGACAAUCCAGGUUGGAGAAGAGAUACGGCAAGACAGAUGCUCAAAGAGCAACAACCCGGCACCUUCUUCAUCUUUUCCAAUUCCUCUCACUCCUGUAAAGGGCGUACUUGAUAAGCCCGAGAACGAGAUAGUGCUUCAUCACUUACUCAAAGCUUUUCCAUCUGAAGAGGAUACCAGCAUUCUGCUCAGGGGGAGCGCUAUACCGUCGCUUUAUAUCGAUGUGCUUAACACCCAGCCACAUAGCAAGCAGACCCUCGAGGCUCUUACAAAACCUUUAUUUACAGGCGAAGUCCCUAGCUUCACGGCUCACCCCGCCGUUGUAGCUAGGUAUCUGCUCGUGUUUGCAAUCACUUUGCAAACCCCGUCUAGCGAAAGCUUGUUCGGCCUUUCGGAGCCACAUGACGUGCUCAUGCGUCGGUUGACGACAGCUGCUAGGAUGUGGGUAACCACAAACGAAGAGAUGCACGGAACCGUCGAGUGUUUGGUCUGUAUCAUUCUGGAAGGUAUAUUUGAGACGAAUUGUGGCAAUCUUCGUCGGGCUUGGGCUGUUUAUCGCAGAGCAAUAACGGUUGCCCAGCUAAUGGGCUUCCAUCGCUCACCAAUACCAGCAUAUAAACUGAUUGAUCCGAAGCUCAAUGUUGAUCCCAAGUUCAUGUGGUUCCGUAUUGUAUAUAUGGACCGCUAUCUCAGCUUACUCCUCGGUUUACCUCAAGGCACAUCUGAUAGGAGUAUAGGAGUUCCAUCCGUUUUACGGCACGAGCCACCCAUGGGCCACUUCGAACGUGCGCUCACGGCCAUCGCAUCUCGUAUUUUGGAACGCAACGAAAGUACCUUCGUUGCCAGCGAAAUCGCAACAACCCUGUCCAUCGACUCUGACUUGUUGAGUGUGUCAAAAAGCAUGCCAGCAAGCUUCUGGCGACCGGCGAAUUUCCACAAUAUCACGCUCGGAUCUCCCGAGAGCGUCCUAGAAAUAACACGUUUAGCAGCUCAGGUGUAUUAUUAUGGCCUAGUAAUCCAGCUUCAUUUGCCGUAUAUGAUGCGACUAGGUGGCAACACGGAGCACGAGUAUAGCAAGGUCGCUUGUGUUAAUGCUAGCCGGGAGAUAAUGACGCGCUUUAUUUCUCACCGAAGCUUUAACCCUAGAUCAUCCUGUUCGCGACCCGUGGACUUCUUCGCACUCUUAGCGGCAAUGACUCUCCUUCUCGCCCACCUUGACGCUCAUCAUCGCCGAGAAGCAACCAACUUCUUGGCGCAUCAACGCCUUGGCGACCGCGCCAUGUUGGAGGAGGCUUUGGAAAAAAUGGAUGGCGUGACUAAACUGAGCAAGGACUCGAUAACAGAAAAGAGCGCCGGGUUGAUUCGACGGCUACUUCAUAUCGAGGCGGAUGCAGCUAACGGAAGCAGCUAUAUUACUAGAAGCGAAGGAGUAGAACAAAAUGCGGAAGAAGGGAUGAAUAUAAAUGAAGAACUCCGCUUGCGCAUCCCGUACGUUGGCGUCAUCAAGAUUGGUCGUCAAGGCUACACAUCCUUAACGGACCCGCGCGAAUUGGGACAGAUGGACACACAUUUAGAAGCGCCCGAAUUCGAGCAGUCGAUGCCAGAAAUAUUCAGUCCCAAUCAGGACAACAACAUUCCACAUCCUCAUACCGGGACUUCUCCGAUAAUGGAUGGCGUGAAUGAUUGGGGCUUCCAGGGAGUUGACAUGGCGUUUUUCGACAAUUUAAUGAGAGGAACAUCCUUUUUAGAUGCUACGAGGUUGGAGCAGUAGCAUGUCGAGGAUUUGCCCGGAGCUACCGAUGGUAAUAAGGAAUAAACAUCUCCAAAUUUUGAAGGGUUCUUGUUGAAACUCGCAAGUGCGCUAUUGACCCUGACUUUUACCAUCAUAGCUAGACGUCUAAUAGAUACGGCUACGGCAAGGAG